AUGCCGCGGAGGGAGACAGCGCGGCUCGCGUGGGAGGCGGGAAAACAGAUGGACCGCUACCUCCGCCAACGCGCCUGGGAUUGGACGUUUCGUAAAAACUUCACCCUCGCCAGCGAUUACGCGAUUCGGUUGUUAAAUCGUCAUCCGAGCGAUCCCUUAGGGCUUCUUCUCGGCGAGAUCGCCGGUGAACGCGCGGGGCAGGGGGACUUCGCCGGGAAAUGCAUCGACGCGCGACGACGGUUGUGCAGGCGAAAAAACGUCGACGACGUCCUCACGUUGCUCCCAUCAGGGGGAUCCCCUGCUGUGGAAGAAAUCCACGCCCUCCUUCGCGAUCUCGAGGAGGAAAAAAUGGAAGAAAAUCCAACCAAAGACCCCUCCACAACCGUCUCGCGUAGUGAACGUCUGAUGGUGCGGGAGACGGCGACCUUCGCGGAGGUGGCGGCUGACGUCCGCCGCUGCUGUCGUCGCCUCACCUCCUCCUCAUCGCCCGCGAAAGGGGAGGCCAACCUGCGGAAAGCAACAGACAUGAACGGCGUGAACGAAAUUGAAAGGUUGGAAAAAACGGACGAAACGCGGGUGGAGUUGAUGGAGCCCAAAGGAGGGGGUGUUUUCGGGCGAGGACUUUACGCGGCGCGGCGUCUUUCCUCUCGCGAGGCUCUCCUCGCCGACGACGCCGCCUUCGCGUUCGCCCUCGACGAAGGCCGCUGCGCGCACUGCCUCUCCCCCCUCCCACCAAUCCCUAUCGUUUGCCCGCACUGCCGCGAAGCAUCCGAAAGACAUGAAAGAAACCAUCCAAACGGUCACAAAAGCGUUGCAGAAGAAUUCCCAAAAGGAGGGGCGGAGCGGUAUUGUGGGAAAGGAUGCCAGGAGGCGGCCUGGGCGCAAUACCACGCCUGCUGCUGCCCGUCCGUCAACCCGGGCUUCGCGCGUUGGCAGCAGGCAAUGACGGAGGUGCUUUACGGUGAAAACGAAAUGGAAAGAAGAAACGGAAACGGGGAAAAGAAUCUGAUCGAAGGGCUCGAUGCACGCGCGGCGCUUUCCUGCCUCGCGGUUGCGAAACUUUGCGCGAUGGCAACGAUGCAACAGCUGCAUCCGCUCGCGCUGUCGGCGUUGCGAGGGUUACGUGGCGUGGUGGAGUACGAGCCCGCCACCGCGUUGAGCGAGAUCGGGGCGCUCGCGAUCGCCUUUUCCGAGUUUUUCCGUCAGCCCAAUCUUUUCAUGGAAGAAAUUCUUUCCAUCCUGGCGUUGCUGCAGACGAAUGAAUUUUUUCUCCCCGAUCGGGGUGGGAUCGCGUUGUACCCCACCUUAAGUCUUCUGAAUCACAGCUGCGAUCCGAAUUGUGCGGUGAUCCCCGGCAACGGACCGUUGCAGCGGCGACUGAUUUCGCUCCGCGAUAUUCGCGAUGGCGAGCAGCUUCUGAUUGACUACAACGCGCACCUGACGUCGAAGUUGGAUUAUGAGCAUCGCAAAGCGCUGUGUGCGCAGCGGCAUUUUGAGUGUUUCUGCGUGAAAUGCAUCCGACAAAUUUGA